CGACCUUUGCGCCGCGGAGGCGGCCCGGAGCCCAGCGCAGCCCCGUGGCCGGCGCUCGCUCCCCGCCGCGCCGGCAUGGCCGCCCCCCGGCUCACCGAAAGCACCGUGACGGUGGACGGGCAGAGCCUCUUCUACCGCCAAGCGGCGCCGGCCGAGCGCAGCCCGAAGCUGACGGUGCUGCUGCUCCACGGCAUCCGCUUCUCCUCCGACACCUGGCUCCAGCUGCAGACGCUGGCCAAGCUGGCCGAAGCCGGCUACCGAGCGGUGGCCAUCGACCUGCCGGGGCUGGGGCGCUCCAAGGACGCCGUGGCCCCGGCGCCCGUGGGCCAGCCGGCGCCGGGGGCUUUCCUGAAGGGGGUCUCGGAGGCGCUGCGCCUGGGCCCGGCCGUGGUGAUCAGCCCCUCGCUCAGCGGCAUGUACUCCCUGCCCUUCCUCUUCCAGCACGGCCACCUGCUCAAGGCCUACGUGCCCGUGGCGCCCAUCUGCACCGACAAAUUCCCGGCGGAGCAGUACGCCCAGGUCAAAACGCCCACGCUGAUCGUGUACGGGGACCAGGACGCGGAGCUGGGGCAGGCCAGCCUGGCCAACCUGCGGCACAUCCCCGAGCACCAGGUGCUGGUGCUGCAGGGCGCCGGGCACGCCUGCUACCUGGACAAGCCCGACGAGUGGCACCGCGGGCUCCUGGCCUUCCUGCAGCAGCUGGAGUGAGCAGGACGGGACCGCGCAGGGGCACCCGCUCCUCGCACCCGCGCCCACGCCGUCCCGGCUGCUCUCCCGGGGCCCGGGCCAGCCCCGCUCCCUGCCCUGCCGCCUGCCAUCGGCAGCUGCACCGCCAGCUUCCUCGGGACCAAAUAAAACCCCAAGCUCUGCCACCGC